ACCGAGAAGCAUUCAGACAUGGACGCAUUCCGAGCCGCGGGCCUCGUGUGAGAAAGCACAAGGAUUGCUACGUGCUCAUCAAGCGAUUGUCGGACGCGCGCACAAUUGGGCCUCCACAGGAUCCGAGUGUGAGUGCCGGUGAUAGGACUUGGAUAGGACCCAUUGAGAAUCCCGAUCCUUGAUUAAUGCAAGUGUCAAGUACCGAGUUUACGCCUCAACCUAGAAGGCGCAUGGUCGCGGAAACGUCGAUACUCCACUCACGCAAACGCCGCGAUGUGGCCGUACACGCGUGUUCCGGGGUCGCAUCGUAGUGAACAGGGAAUCGAUGUGUGCCCCAUAACAUUUCCCAUGCCCCCGUUUGCUGCUGUAGCUCGAGGACAUGGUGGCCGGUGUAGCGCUGUCAUCGUCAGACAGGAGCCAGCAAAGAUCAAACCAUGGGUCCCAUCAUGUGCAUUCAACGCCAUGACCAGACCUCAGUGAGACUCCA